GUUGUUGAAGAAAAUCAAGAUGGCAUCCGAAACUAUGGCGAGAAUGCUAUGUCAAAUGAAUGUGCGAUGUAAAUAGUGAAAAUUAAAGUGCUUGUGAGUUUAUUUGGGACGACAUUUGUAAGUAUUGUGACGUAACGUUGCAGAAACAGUGGAAAAACGGUAAAAUUUUAAGCAACGUUUGGCGAAGACGCCCGACGUGACGCCCACGGGUUAUUCACCAAGGCGUCAUCGUCAGCGAACUUGGCGAAAAGAAAAACUCCUGGUGAUGCAGAGAAAGUCAAUAACGAAUUUCACAUUGUCAACUCCAAUUUACAUAUUCUUCCUCUAAAAAAAUCACGGCAUGUCGCAUCACAGCCACACCAAAGACACAAACAAUGCUACCAGUCUUCCUCGAGAGCCUGAGGAAGAAAGUAAACAUCCAGAAACUGUGUCAACCAGUGUUUAUCCAACACAGGAACAUUCUACAUUUCAUCAUGUACGACAGGAACACGAGAAUUCAGGAACAGUCUGUCAGGAGGAAAAUGUUCAAGUUUUCACUGCCCAUACUGACAUUGCCAAUAGCAGUGAUAUUGUCUGUGAAAAUAGAAAACAAGCGUUUCCGGUGAGAAUAGAGGAAUGCGGGAAUAUAUCUAGUAAAAAUUCACAACUCGCCGAAAGUCCACAAAGCAGUGGUGCUGUUUUAAAUAGUCCACCGAGUCCUGAUUUUCCACCACGUGUUACAAAUGAUCACGGCCUGAUUCCAAUGAGUUCACCAACAAAAAUAACAAUGGACACUGCAAAAUUAACCGUACCCGAUGUAAAAGUCAGUGAAAUUGAAACAUCACCAUCAUCACCAUUAAAAAUACCUAAAGUAGAAAAUACCGAAAUGGAAAUUGAUGUAAAAACCAACAUUAACGAGACUAUUAAAAAUGAGACAGUCGAAAAAGUAGAAGUAAAAAUUGAAUCUAACGAAUGUAAAUUAACGAAUGAUGUUACAUUGAAUAAAACUUCAACGUCAACGACGUCAACAACAACAACAACAGGAACAACGGGAUCGAAACAUAAGCAUGAGUCUUCCGGUGAUCAGAGCAGUCAAAGUAAAUCACAUUCAUCGUCUUCCUCGAAAGACAAACGAAAAGAGCACAAUAGACAUCAUUGCACGCGUUGCUAUAGACGCAGUAAAAUAAAACGAGCAAAUGUUGGAAUUCAAUGUAAACGUGAUAGAAAUUCUUCAUUUUCUCAACAUCAAAAAAUACUUUCUCCAAAUCCCCAGAAGGGUAAUCAUGAUAAUUUAAGGCUUAAUUUACAAACGAAAAUGUGUAAAACACUUGAGAAGCAGACAACUAAACAUGAAUCACUUCAAGGCUUAAAGUACAAGGAUUUUAUUCAUAUAGAAACUUAUCCCAAUGGUGGUGCUACUGUUGUUCACAUGUAUCAGGAUGAAAUUGACAUUUUAAGUAGUGAAGAAAUUGAGGAACUUGCACAGGAAUAUUUCAAGGUUGUUUUUGGAGAAGAUGAGAACGGUAAUGCACAUCAUGUUAUGGGAAUAGUUCAUAAUGCUGCUGCUUACUUACCGGAUCUUCUUGAUCAUAUGGCACUGCAUUAUCCCACAUUAACCGUAAAGAAUGGUGUUUUAGGAAGAAAUAGUGAUAUUGAAACUACCACAAUGCUACAGUAUAAGGAUCAAAUUUGCAAAUCUUACAGUAACGGCACUAUCAGAUAUGGACCAUUGCAUCAAAUUAGUCUCGUCGGAACUGUUCACGAAGAAGUUGGAGGCUAUUUUCCCGACGUCUUGAAGAAAAUGGAGGAGAACGUCUUCUUAAGAUUGACAAUGCCGUGGGGUCCAUUAUCAGCAGUGACAAUGGAGAGUCCACAGGAAUCAAAUGACGGACCGAUUCUUUGGAUAAGACCCGGUGAACAAUUGGUCCCAACUGCUGACAUAAACAAAAGUCCCUGUAAACGACGAAGAGCAGGAAUCAAUGAACUUCGUAAUCUCCAAUAUUUGCCGCGAUUAAGUGAAGCUCGUGAGUAUAUGUUUGAAGAUCGAACUCGUGCACACGCCGAUCAUGUUGGCCACGGUUUAGAUAGAAUGACAACAGCCGCCGUUGGUGUUUUAAAAGCCGUUCACAGUGGUUAUCCAGCCGAAUAUAAUCGAAUAACAAAGGACGUUGUUGCAUUUUACGCCGGUGAUUUUCAGGAACUUGUCGAAAAAUUACAACUCGAUUUACAUGAACCACCAAUAUCGCAAUGCGUUCAAUGGAUCGAGGACGCGAAAUUAAAUCAAUUACGAAGACAAGGUAUUCGCUAUGCGAGAAUUAAUCUCUAUGACAAUGAUAUUUAUUUCUUGCCACGUAAUAUUAUUCAUCAAUUUCGCACUGUUUCGGCGGUGUCGAGUAUCGCUUGGCACGUGCGAUUAAAACAGUAUUAUCCCGAUGCAUCGUCGGGUAUUAAACACACGCGACCACUCAAUGAGACGGCGCACAUUCAUUACAAGGAGAAGAAACUUCAUGAAAUUGAAGUCACCGAGGAACAAAAGGAAAAUGCUGAUCGCCAACGAUUGGCAGCUGAUCGUCGCGUCAGCAAUGAUUCACUAGAGGAGAAGAAGGCAAAGGAACGUGCCGCUGAAUAUCAGGGGAAUUUGAAGAAAUCCGAUCAUCAGCAUGGCAAACGUAAGGAUCGCGAUCGUGCCCGUCAUUCUUGCUCGUCGAAGGAUCUUAACGAAUUAACCCUUGAGUCGGAGAAACAUUCUCUAGAACAAAAGAGCAGUUCCGAGAAAAACGAUAGCAGAAGAGAUCGAAAACAGGACGAUAGACAUCGAAAGAGCAAAUCAUCAAGUAGUCAUCAUCGAUCCGACGAUAGAAAGAAGCACGACGAUUCCCGUAAAUCAGAACAUCGUCAUUCGAAAUCCUCGAGUCAGACACCGAAAAAGAUUAUUACCGAACCUUCCUUCGAUUCGACUCUAUCGAAAAGUGAACCAAAAGCGGAAAAUAUCCAAAGGAUGAACAGUUUAGAACUGCCUCCGGUUCCUCAACAGAUCGAAAUUACGAUCGAUGGCGAAAUGAUAACAGCAAGACAAGCGGCGGGCAAAACUUACGCCAGCGAAGUUGUGGACAAAGCCCUUGAGAUCGCAAUCUACAAAUCAAAAACCGACGUCGAUGAAGUCUGUCAAUCACUGCGAAGCGGUGUCGCCAUCGCCUCUAAAGAAAUGCUCGAGCGAAUUCGCAAAGAAAAUUUCGAAAUAGCCGAACGUUUAUUCGGCGAGGACAAAGUAAAGGUCGAGAAAUCGUAUCGAUUACUAGAGAUCGAGACAGUGUCGGCCUUCACCGGGAAAAUGGAGUGCGCCACCGAGAAUGCAGUGAAAGCCCUCAUUGAAAUGGCCGAGGAGGAAAUGAAGGAAGCCGGUAAAACAAAAACCGACGAAACACAAGGCGAAGAAUUAGAAAAAAAGAAUUUCACCAGUACAUCCCUCUCCUCUUCUCUCUGCAAUUCCUCCGCUUCAAUUUCCUCCUCGUCAAACGAAAGCGAAAGACGUGUGUCAACCGAAGAAAAAUCAUCAUCCUCCUCAUCAAGACACUCAACCACCGGUGAAAAUACCCAACGAAAACACAAGAAAGAAAAGGACGAUCGCGAUCGUAAGCAUAAGGAGAAAAGGGAUCAUGAGAGAAGACGCGAUAAGGAUCGAGAGAGGAGUAAACAUCGUCGACACGAGAAAUCGUCAUCAUCAACAACAGAUAAAGCGGAAACGAAAGAUAAAGAUGAAUCGAGAUCAAAGCACGACGAGAAACGAUCCGAGAAGCAUAAGGACUCGGGACACAGUCAAUCGAAGGAUAAAAGUUCGAGGAAACAUGAUUCGUCAAGAUCGUCGCACAGUAAUUCGGGACACAAGAGGAAAAGUAGUUCGAGUUCGAGUCAAUCGGAUCAACCGGAGAUAAAGAGGCUUUGUACAGAGGAGAAAAUUCCUGAGAAUGAAAAUUCCAAGCCGGCGGAACAGAUCGCGAGCAGCACGUGAAUCGACGUGAGCAGUUUGGGAAAUUUAGCAGAAUUCUCGCUAAUCGGUCGAUUGAAUUUUGAGGAAAUACAUAAUCAUUGCAGCUAAUAUCUAAGAAGGUGCGCAGGAAAAUUUCCUAGAGACUAGGGAAAAUUUUUCAUUUCACAGAAAUUUAAUUUAAUUUUUAAUUGAAAUUAUUAUUUUAUUUAAUUUUUUAAUAGAAACAUUUUAUUUGACAUUUUUUUGUCCAUAACAUUUUAUUUACAUUGUCAUUAGUUUAGAAUUUUCAUUUGGCAUUUUAAAUUAUUUUCAUACAGUUUCAAAGUUUGGAUAUUUUCGAGUUAAAAAGUAGGAAUAUUUUCUUAUUUUCCAAUAAUAAUUCAAUUAUUAUAAGUAAUUAUAAAUUAUAAACCAAUAUAAAGUAUAAAU